UUAGUUUAUUUAUUCUGUAAAGCGUUGUCGCAAUUAGUUAACUAAGCAUCUUUUAUUUUGAGGCUGAGAGUAGUUGUUGCUUGUCAAUGAGUAGGUGGAGCCAAUCAUAUUAUAUAUUUAGGGAAAACAUAAUUAUACUAAAUCAUUGACUAGACUUAUAGAAUUUACUUAAAUAACUAUCUUACACUACUUAUGUUUUAUUCUUCUUCGUAAUCAAUCUCUUCCCCACCACAUUAAUCAUGAUGUGGAUUAAAUUUCGAUUUGGAAAAUCCAAAUAUUUGGUUUUUGGUAGGCCAACUUUAGGUCAGAGCCAUCAAGCAGGUUACAUCAGAUAACAAAUUCUUGUUCUCGCUCUGGCCAUUAAGGAGCAUUUAUGCAUUUAACAUUAGGACAUUGAUGUUAUGUCCAUUUUAUGACACAACUUUAUCAGUUUUAGAACAAACAAUAGCCAUACUUAUUUAACUUAUAAAAGAAAAUUUUGUAAACCCAUGAUUUCUAUUACCAACUACUAACAAUAUUAUUCACCGUAUAAUGUAAAUCAUCAAUCAUCAAAUCUAAAUAAACCCAAGUAGCAGACACUGUACAAUGUAAAUCAUCUAUUAUUCACUGUAAAUGUAAAUCAUCCAUCACCAAAUCUAGGAAAAUAGAACUUUAAGCCCAUGAUAUCGACUACCAAAACUGUAAACUUCCGAUGCUUGAAUUAGUUCCCUACAAUAUAAUCAUAAGUUAUUCAGCUCUAGGGUAUUAUACUAGGAUAAAGAGAUUAUCGUACAAUAUCAUAAGGAGAUAAGCUAUUCUAUGCAAGACAUACAUUCGUAGAAAAAAUCAGUUUAGAUUAGGCAUUUAGCAAGUGGAGGAAGAAUAAAAGGUGGACAAGUCAACGGACUGCGACGACAAGUCUACACAAAUGUUGAUAAUAUGCGUUUGCGAGGAUGUGGUCGCAAGAAAGUAUACUAUCCAUUAUCCAACGCACUCUCUUAUAUAUGUUACCUGUGUUCUUUCUAAUGGGUAACUAAACAAAAUAACAUUUUUAGAUUUUGGAAGAUUUACACGUUGGAGUCAAAAUUUUCCACAAACUUCGGAAUGACUUUAAACUUCGUAAUGUAAUUUUGUUGGCAAAUAAAUAAUACACUAAAAAAUAUUUCGCAAUAGUAACACCAAAGCAACAUAACAUGUUUUUUGACGCGUAAGUGCCUUUUGAAUAGUUUUUUUGAGAAAUAUGCCUUUUGAAUAGUUCACGUUAAAAAAACGAUUUUGUCAAGUAUAUGUGCAUAUUGACAUUUGAUGAACAACUGUGUAGUUACUUAACUUCUACUCACCAUGAAUAGAAAAGGUAAGACCAAAGAAAUGACAAAUAUUUUACUUAAGACGCCAUCAGACACCAUAGCAUAGAGACCAAUAUAUCUUUACGACCAGAAAAAAGCGAGCUUACUUGCAUCACUAUCAAUCUAUUAGAAAGAAUGGUUAAAAUCAUUAGUUUAACAAACUUUAAAACGAUAAUAUUUUUUUAAAGAGAAAAAGAAACAAAAAAGAGAAAAAGACUAUUAUUCAGAUUCUUUCCACUAAAGAAAAAAGGAAAAAAAAGUUUAAAAAAGUUGUGAAAGAAUUACUAAGAAUAUAAAAUUGUUUGCAUGUCUAUUGACCUGACCAUUACGAGCACCAUUAAGACCUCGUCCUUUCAAUUUAGUCUGCGCUUGACACGGCACUCUUAUGAUGUAACCACCCGUAAUCCCUUUGGACCAAACACGCUGGUCACGUAGAAUCCGUCACAGCCCAAUCAUCAACCUUUUCUAAUUUUCAAGCUCAACGAUUUAAAAGCGACCGUCAUUCAUCAAUGGCUGUCACUUUAACACUUCAGCACUCUGUUUUUAUUUCUCUCUCUGCUUUUCCCUAACAUCUCAUCUCCUUCUCUGUUCUCCAAAGUUUAUACCUUUUUAUUCAACCCUCGAGCGAUCUUUGCACGAACUAACCUCGAAAGACUGAAUCUUUUUCUUGACCCACCAAGAAAAAGUUAGUCUUUGUUUCCCGGAAAAAAACAGAGAGUUUCAGUUUGUUCCUUUUAGGGGUUUGUUUAAGUUGAAGGAGUUAUGCUCAAGGUCUUAGCUGAAGUUCUCGCUUUUUAUCAAUCACUUCUUGUUUCUUUUGCUGAUUCAAAGUGGCUCUGCUGGGAAAGUCUUCAGCUUUAUGUUCUAGGGCUUUGAAACUGUUUGUGAUUGUGGAGAAGGAUAAGCUGAGAUCAUAGGAAUUUAGAAACUUUCUUGUUUAGAUGAGAAUUGACACCACUCAACGUAUAGAGAACAUGUCUUACUCCUUCAAGAUGCACUCUUCCAUGUGCUUAGCCUUGAAGAACAUAGUUGAUAGAGUUAUGAAAAUCUUUCCUGAAAUAGAAGCUGCUAGACCUGGAUCUACCACAGGGAUACACACUCUUUGUUUGCUCAACAAAGCUUUGGAGAAAGCUAAGCUGCUUCUUCAGUACUGCAGUGAAUCCAGUAAACUCUACAUGGCAGUAACAGGAGAUGCUAUACUCUCAAGAGGUUCUAGAUCCAAAAAGUUAUUAGAGCAAAGCUUAUCUGACAUCAGAACCAUGGUUCCUACUGCUUUGUCUAUCAAGAUACUUGAGGUACUCCAAGAUCUUAAGUCAACAGUGUUGUCUCUAGAAUCAUCUGAAGAAGAAGCUGGGAAAGCUAUUAGGGAACUGAUGAGACGGAGCACAUCUUCUUCUGUGUCUUCUGAUGAGAUAAGAGAUUUCCAUUUUGCAGCACUAAAGCUCCAGCUCUCAACACCUGAAGCCGUUGCGGUAGAGAGAAGGUCCUUAAAGUCUCUUUAUGGGAAGCUAGGAGAGUGUGAAGGGAACAAGAGACAGAUUCUGAAGUAUCUCCUCUGCCUCCUGAAGAAGCAUGAGAAAAUCAUUUGGAGUGAUCACAAAGAUAACUCUCUCAGACAUAAUGAUUCUGUGUGUGCUAGUGUUGCAGAAGCCGGGUGUUCUGAGGAACACAACAGUGAUACACUUCCUGAACAGUUCAAGUGUCCUCUUUCUCUUACCGUCAUGUAUGAUCCUGUCAUCAUCUCCUCAGGCCACACCUUUGAGAGGAUGUCGAUUCAGAGAUGGUUUGAUUUAGGUAAUGACACGUGUCCUGUAUCAAAAAGGGUACUAGAUGAUUUCACAUUGCAGUCCAAUGUAGCGAUGAAGGAUCAGAUAUCAAAAUGGUGCAAGAAGCACGGUCUUGAUGUUCAAGAUCCAGCAAUGAAUCACACAAACAACGCUUCACAGAAUCUUGACUUCUCCAUUGCUAGUUUUACAAGUUCUCUGUACAAUAUACCUGAUCUCAGCUGCUUUACUAGUAGAGACUUCAGCUCUAGCUUCUCCACUGAUUCGCCAUCUUACUCUAGGAUGUCAAGGGGUGGCUACUUCAUGCCAAUGCAGACUAUAGCUUCUGAGUCAGGUACUGAAGUCACUGAUUCCACUCUUCACAGUGAGGUGGAGAUAGAGCCAUUAUGUGAACUCAGUAAGCUUCCAUGGGAUGCUCAGGUCAAGGCUGUUCAAGAUGUGAGAAGUCUUUUUGAGAAAGAUUCUAGGGCUGUUCGGUCUGUGUCUCCUAGUAAGUUUCUUGAGCCGCUUAUCACAUUCUUGAAGAAUGCUCAUGAGAGAAAUGGCUCUGAGGGAGACGUAGUAAAGAGUGGUUUGGAUUUGUUAUUGACUUUCCUCAGUGGAAACAGGAAGGCUAUAGAGAGCUUGGAGAAAGACUUGUUUGAAAUGUUGUGUGUCUUUCUUGGGUCAGAGUUAGUAGCUGAAGAAGCUUUGAACGUACUCGAGGUUCUCUCUAACCACCCACAAAGUCUCUCCAAGAUAACUUCAACAAGCUCCCUCUCUGCCCUUUUGAAGAUAGCUGAGUCUGGAGCAGAACAUCUUCAAGAACAAGCUAUGAUCACACUCAAGAACAUGUCUUCAAGCAAUGAGAUUUGUGUGGAAAUGGUCUCUCUCGGUUUUGUCCAUAAGCUCACAUCUUUCUUGCAACAAAACGUCUUCAGCAAACACUCAAUCAUCAUGCUGAAGAAUCUCUGCAACACUGAGAAAGGUAGGGUUUGUGUAACCGAAACUCCUGGUUGCUUAGCUUCAAUAGCUGAGCUACUGGACUCAAAUGUUUCCGAGGAGCUAGAGAAUGCAAUCUCCAUCCUACUCCAGCUCUGUGUGGAGAAGAUAGAGUAUUGUUAUCUUGUGGUGAGGGAAGGCCUUAAUAUUUACUCAUCUCUUCUCUUGAUAUCCAACAAUGGAACCGAGGAAGCGAAAGUGGGUGCAUCUGAGUUGCUUAGAGCUCUUGAAGAAGUAGAAGAAGAAGAAGAAGAAUCCUCCACACCACAAGAAGAAGCAACUACUUCACAGGUUGUUGUUGCUCCAGUUACGUAUCAGGAACCUGUAGUAACAGCACCAUCUCCAAAGAAGUCUGGUCUUUUUGGGUUCAGAUUCAUUCUCAAGAAGAAAAAGAUAAAAUCAUAAGUUUUGUUAACUUACCUUUUUUAAGAAGCUAUCAUUUUUUUGUGUGGUUCUCUCUUUGUUGACUUAGGGUUUGUAUAUGUUGAUACCAGUCUAAAGAGCUUCCAUUAAUGUUAAGUGUAGUUGUAA